AACAUUAGCAAAACCCAAUUAGCCUUCUUUCGAACAAACAAACUCCGUCUCCUACUCCUCUCCGCCGUUAAAGCCUCGCACUUUCUUUCUCUCCUCUAUUAGGGUUUUCUUGAGAAGAGAGAAAAGAUGUUCGGAAGAAGACCUCCGAGUAAGAGCGACAACACCAAGUUCUACGAGAUCCUCGGUGUCCCUAAGACCGCUUCACCAGAAGAUCUCAAGAAGGCUUACAAGAAAGCCGCCAUCAAAAACCAUCCCGACAAGGGUGGAGAUCCUGAGAAGUUUAAGGAGCUAGGUGAGGCUUAUGGAGUUCUGAGUGAUCCAGAGAAGCGUGAGAUUUACGAUCAGUAUGGUGAGGAUGCACUCAAGGAAGGAAUGGGUGGUGGAGGCGGUGGACACGACCCUUUUGACAUCUUCUCGUCCUUCUUUGGUGGUGGUGGAAGCCCAUUCGGAGGCGGAAGCAGCCGUGGAAGGAGGCAGAGGCGUGGUGAGGACGUUGUUCACCCCUUGAGGGUUACCUUGGAGGAUCUUUACCUCGGAACAACGAAGAAGCUCUCACUUUCUAGGAACGCUCUGUGCUCAAAGUGUAACGGAAAGGGUUCAAAGUCUGGAGCUUCAAUGAAGUGUGGUGGAUGUCAAGGAAAGGGAAUGAAGGUCUCGAUCAGACAGAUUGGACCUGGAAUGAUUCAGCAGAUGCAGCAUGCUUGUCAGGAGUGCAAGGGUACAGGAGAGUCGAUCAAUGAUCGUGACAGGUGUCCACAGUGCAAGGGAGAUAAAGUUAUCCCCGAGAAGAAGGUGCUUGAAGUAGCUGUUGAAAAGGGAAUGCAACACAGCCAGAAGAUUACAUUCUCUGGACAAGCUGAUGAAGCGCCUGAUACAGUCACUGGAGAUAUAGUGUUUGUCGUUCAGCAGAAGGAGCAUCCUAAGUUCAAGAGAAAGGGAGAUGAUCUCUUUGUGGAACACACCCUCACUCUAACAGAGGCUCUCUGUGGAUUCCAGUUCGUCUUGACACACUUGGACUCGAGACAGCUUCUCAUCAAAUCCAACCCUGGGGAGGUUGUGAAGCCAGAUUCAUACAGGGCAAUAAGCGACGAGGGAAUGCCGAUUCACCAAAGGCCGUUCAUGAAGGGUAAGCUUUACAUCCACUUCACUGUCGAGUUCCCGGAAUCGCUGAGUCCAAAUCAGACAAAGGCCAUUGAAGCUGUCUUACCAAAGCCGACAAAGGCAGCUUUGACCGCCAUGGAGAUAGACGAGUGUGAAGAGGCGACGCUGCAUGAUGUGAACAUGGAAGCUGAGAUGAAAAGGAAGGCUCAAACACAAAGAGAGGCUUAUGAUGACGAUGAUGAAGAAGAAGGCCCAGGCGGUGGUCAUGGUGUUCAAUGUGCUCAGCAGUGA